GGUCACGUGACCGCGGCGCCGUUGCUGCGGGUGAUCAACGUCGACGUGGAGGCUUCGGGCAGAUUUCCACUCCUGGUACCGCAUCUACGCCCAGCAAUGAACCCUUUCAUUCAUUCUGGCUUUUAGCCAGAGGUGUUCUAAUUGGACUUGUCCGCGCAGGCCUUUGACUCAUUCAGCCAGUCUUCCUGAUGCCCUAUUGGCACGAUCCUGGUGUUUCACAGAAAAUAAUUCGUUUUCAACUAGUGGCAGGCCAGUGGGGGACCGUAUCCUCCAAGAGUCGGAUUUUGAAAAGAUUAAUUGCUCUUCCGGAGAUUAUCCCGGUCAAGGCUGGCUUUACAAUGCUCCUGCUAUAAAUUCCCAUAGUACUAUGCAAGCCCAAUGUAGUACGUGUUAUAAUGUAUUAUAUACACUUCUGUUUUCAUUGUUCGUUUGGUUUUUCAUUCACGCAUUCAUCUAUCCGUUCAACAAAUAUUUGUUAGUCUUUUAAAUGCCGGCCACGCAGGGUGUUGAGCAUUAGAGAACAAAAGAGAAUACCUUUUCCCAGAAAGCUAGGAUUCUAGUAACUGAUACAGGCAGUAAGCAAUUAAUUACAGUAGUUACCUUUAAUCCAAUGGGAUAUGAUUUAAAGUCCCCCAGUGGAUGACUGAAACCACGGAUAGUACUGAAGCCUGUGUAUGUGUGCUAUGUUUUUACCUAUACAUACCUAUGAUAUAGUUCAAUUUAUAAAUUAGGCACAGUAAAAGAUUAACAAUAACUAGUAAUAAAAUUGAAUAAUUAUAUGAAAAAUGAACCCGUGGAUAAAGGGGGCACUAUUGUGCCGGGCGCGGUGGCUCAAGCCUGUAAUCCCAGCACUUUGGGAGGCCGAGGUGGGUGGAUCACGAGGUCAAGAGAUCGAGACCAUCCUGGUCAACAUGGUGAAACCCCUUCUCUACUAAAAAUACAACAAAUUAGCUGGGCAUGGUGGCGCAUGCCUGUAAUCCCAGCUACUCAGGAGGCUGAGGCAGGAGAAUUGCUCUCAAUCUGAGGGUCAACAUAAAGGAGGAAAUGAUUCAGAUGAAUUAGCAAGUGGAGAAGCAGCAGGUGACCGGAAAGAGAAGAUGAAAAAUCAAAUUCAGCAGAUGAUGGAUGUCUCUCGGACACAGACUGCAAUAUCGGUAGUUGAAGAGGAUCUAAACCUUUUACGAUCUAAGCUAAGAGCCUCCAGGUCCACUAAAUGUAACCUGGAAGACCAGAUAAAGAAAUUGGAAGAUGACCGCAACUCACUACAAUCUGCCAAAGUUGGACUGGAAGAUGAGAACAGAACCCUGAGGCAGAAAGUGGAGAUUCUGAGUGAACUGUAUCAGCAGAAGGAGAUGGCUUUGCAAAAAUACGGGGUUUCACCAUGUUGGCCAGGAUGGUCUCAAUCUCUUGACCUCAUGAUCCGCCCACCUCAGCUUCCCAAAGUGCUGGGACUACAGGCGUGAACCACCACACCAGGCACCAGGCCGAGGAGUUACCUCUUUCUGGGCUUUAACUUCCUCCUGACUUAAAUGUUACUGUGGUAAUGUAUUGAAAUGCUCUCUAAAGCUCAGACUCCACAGAAUAUUUUGUGUUUUACAGUGCUAUCCUGCUGAUCCUCAAUUUACAUACAUAUUUAUAGUUACUAUCACGCUUUAUUCUCCUGCAUCUCCAGUCUUCCAUUUGCGAUCACUGUCAUUCUAUUUGAAGAAUAUACUUUAAUUCAGGUUCAGUGAGUUCAUUUUUGUGUGACAAUGUCUUUAUUUUGACUCUAUUUUAAAAUGUUCUUUUUUUUUCUUGAGACAGAAUUUCGCUCUUGUUGCCCAGGCUGGAGUGCAACAGUGCUAUCCCUGCUCAUUGCAACCUCAGCCUCCCAGGUUCACGUGAUUCUCCUGCCUCAGCCACCCGAGUAGCUUGGAUUACAGGCAUGCACCAUCACGCCCAGCUAAUUUCGUUUUUUUUCAGUGGAGAUGGGGUUUCUCCAUGUUGGUCAGACUGGUCUCGAACUCCUGACCUCAGGCGAUCCACCUGCCUCGGGCUCCCAAAGUGCUGGGGUUACAGGUGUGAGCCACUGUGCCCAGCCUUAAAAGGAUCUUUCUACUGGUUAUGGAAUUUUCAUAGUUGUUUAAUACCAACACUUUAAAGAUAACCAGUUAUCUUCUGGUUUUAAAGUUUCUUUGAGGAAUCUAUUAUCAUUCUUAUUUUCUCUUUUUCAAAUACAUCAUGCCUUCCCUAGCUGCCUUUAGUCAUUUUUCUUUUUGGUUUUUCAGCAAUUUUGUUGGGAGGCACCUCAUGUAGGGUUUUGUCAUCACCCCCCCAUCCCCACCCCCCUGCUUUUCCUGUUUCAUUUAUGCUGCUUGAGGUUAUAAACCUCUCUUAAAUUUGGGGCCUCUUUUUUCACACAUUAAUUCCAUUUCAUUCUCUCUUGUCCUGAGAAUCCCAUUAAACAUACUAGGAUCCCUCAUCCCUACCCCUUGCCCAGUGCUCCUAUAUCCUGAAUUUGCUUCAUUCUGGAUGUUUUCUGACCUGUCUUCCAGUGUGCUAAAAAUGUCACCUCAGUUUAAGCCUGGACAACAUAGGGAGACCUCUGUCUCUAAUUUUUAAAAUUAGCUGGAUGUAGUGGUAUGUGCUUAUGGUCCCAGCUCAUUGGGAGACUGUGGUGGGAGGAUUGCUUUAGCCCAGUCUCUUGCUUGAGACUGCAAGCAAGCCAUGAUCACACCACUGCACUCCAGCCUGAGCAACACAGUGAGAACCUGUCUCAAAAAAAAAAAAAGGCAAAAGAAAUGAACAUUCAAUUCAUAGACUCAGAAGUGGAAACAGCAAGUAAACAUAAAUAGAUGCUCAACUUUAGGAGUCAUGAGAAUCGUUAAAAUACCAUUUUCUUUCCAGCAGAUUAGAGCACAAAUUAAGAAGUUUGAUAAUAGGAGGAUGUAUGAAAGUGGACUGUUGAUGGUAGUGUUAAAUAUGUACUGUUGGCCAGGCAAGGUGGUUCACGCCUGUAAUCUACCACUUUGGGAAGCCUAGUCGGGUUUAUCACCUGAAGUUGAGGUUCGAGACCAGCCUGACCAACAUGGAGAAACCCCGUCUCUACUAAACAUACAAAAUGAGCUGGGUUUACAGGCAUGCACCAUGUCCCAAAGUUCUGUAAUCCCAGCUAUUCGAGAGGCUGAGGCAAGAAAAUCUCUUAAACCCGGGGAGGUGGAGAUUGCGGGUGAGCUGAUAGCGCCCCUGCACUCAAGCCUGGGCAACAAGAGCAAAACUUUGUCUCCGAAUAAAUAAAAUAAAAUAGGGCCAGGCGUAGUGGCUCAUGCCUGUAAUCCCAGCACUUCGGCAGGCCAAGGCGGGUGGAUCACGAGGUCAAGAGAUCGAGACCAUCCUGGUCAACAUGGUGAAACCCCGUCUCUACUAAAAAUAGAAAAAUUAGCUGGGCGUGGUGGCACGUGCCUGUAGUCCCAGCUACUCGGGAGGCUGAGGCAGGAGAAUUGCUUGAA